AUGGCUACAAUCGACAACGGCAGCAGCAAUGGGCUGAACAAGCUGCUGCCAAAGUCCAUUUCCAACAAGCGCCUUCGGAGGAAACAAGAGCGAGACGCGGGAGGAUUGAUCUUGGGCUACGAUGAUGCUGAUGUCUUUGGCAACUCGCAAUCCAGUCGCGAGACGCUCGAGAGUGAUGGCACGCGCUCUGGCAACCUUGCUGGAGAUGAAGACGAAGACACCAGCCAUCGCUCUUACGAGUCGGACCCGGAAUCAUCCGCCUCUCGACCUGCGCCCUUCUCCUCUCAUCCUUCCCAAAUCGGAUACUUGACGACUUCGUCCCCCGUCGUCCAGUUGUCGCAUCACCCCGAGUCCCAGUCGCCCACCGAUCACGACUCCAACAGCAGUGCGUCCAAGUCGUCCACCUUUCCGGCCAAGCGCUCUGAUUCGACCGAUUCAAGGGAGUUCCGGAUCGGCCGGAGCAAGACGGGCCUGCUUCCCCCCCACAACUCCAACCGCCGUUCAGCCUCGCCCGGCACCAAGUUCAAGGGCAUCUUCAAGCCCAGAAAGAGCAGCGGCAGCAACUCGAGCCCUGAACGUCGACCCUCAAGCGAGCCUCGUCCACCGCCAGAAGCCCACAGGGAACAGCCCACCAUUACCGUGGACCCUGAACCUGUGCAGGUCCCGCCUAUUAUCGAGCCACCAGCUGCAGCCAAAGUUGCGUCCCCCGACAGGCGGUCGCGGGUUCAACCAAAGGUUGACACGAAUCUUCCUCCUCGAACCCCCCCGAGUGGUGACAAGCCUGCACCCGUCAUCGUAAACACCCCACCGACGCCUACCGAGUUCGCCAACGCAUCCGGCCAGUCAUCUCCCGAUAGGAGAUCCUUCUGGGGUAGUGCGGGCCAAGGCGCCGGCACAAAUGGCACUUCCUCCUCACGGGCUAUGAGCGCGCACCGAAGGAGUCGAUCAAGUUCUGUGACUAUCGGCCCCAGCAAGCUCUCGAAUAUCGUCUCGGCACCAUUGACCCCGACCUUGGAGAGCGGUGAAGCCACUCCGAGCGCGCAACCCGCAUCAGGCUUCUUCUCGUCUAUGCUAUCAGCUGCACAGAACGCUGCCAGUUCUUUCAGCAUCCAGGGUGCCGGUAUUGGUAUUGGCGGAAACAAGGCUCGAAACUCAACCGUGAGCACCCAGGAAAACACAGAGCCCGCAAAGACUGAGAGCGAAUCUCAGCCUAACCCAUCCACCCCGAUGCCGGACAACAAGGAGAACAGGAAGUCGGCAGUGUCAACGAUUGGGGCAGGUGAACUCAGUCUCAGUCAGAUUCUUGGCGAACCGGCUAGUUCUGUAGCAUCGCCCAGCAACCCCAGGUUCUCCGAGAUGACCGACACUCGCGCCCGGUCCGAGUCAGCCCCGGUUGACUCUCCGGCGAGUCCCGUGGAGUUUAUCCCAGAUGAGCCGUCGAGUCGCCCUCGCUCGCUCUAUGAGACGGCCAGCGGCGAACGUACGCCCCCGCCGGCCGAGUUUAUGGACAAGAGUAAUGGAAUGCAGCGGACCUCGAGUCUACGAAGCGCCCUGAAGCAGUCACAUAGGAAGCGCGGAAGCUCUGUUACUACUGGAACAACCAUAGGCGCUGCGAUUGUCGCUGCCAACAGCUCGUUGGCGCAUCCAAAUCUGAGCGCUCCGAAACUUACCGGGUUUGCUAUCGCCAGUAAGAAGAGGAAUCGCGACUUUCAUGACUUGUUCAAGAGCGUGCCAGAUGAUGACUACCUCAUCGAAGACUACAGCUGUGCCUUGCAGAGAGAGAUUCUCGCGCAUGGACGGCUCUAUGUCUCAGAGGGUCAUCUCUGUUUCAGUAGCAAUAUCUUUGGAUGGACAACCACUCUUGUUAUGAGCUUCGACGAGAUAGUAUCUGUCGAGAAGCGAAGCACGGCGCUGGUGUUCAAGAACGGCCUCAUGAUCUCGACAUUGCAUGCAAAGCACGUCUUUGCCAGUUUCACCAGUCGAGAUGCGACGUACGAUCUGAUUGUCAACAUCUGGAAACUAGGACAUCCCACACUCAAGAGCACCUUGAAUGGUGUGCGGUUAGAAGGAACCGGAGGCGACAAGACAGAAAAGAUCGACACAGAGCCACCUGUCGACGAAGACGAAGGCGAUGGGGGCUCCGAGACGGACGAUGAGAGCGAUGAUGAGGAAGAGUACUAUGACGAAGAUGUUCACGAGGAGAUGCACAACGCCAGCAUGGCCGAGGCCAACGGAACAGACGCCGAUGCCGAGAAGGUCACGUCAAGAAAGACGUCAGGGGCUGUACCUGCGAAUGGCGCAGCUCCAGAAGAAGCUGCACCUGCAUCCGGUGCAGCUGGCAGCUUUCCGGGCCCGGCAACGCAUGCCCCUACCGACUGCGGUGACUCAGCAUCUCAUUAUGACAGGGUGGUGGGAGACGAUGUUAUCCCAGCGCCUCUGGGCAAGGUGUAUGACUACAUGUUCGGUCCUGGAUCUGUUACCUUCAUGACCAAUUGGUUGACAGGGGAGCAAAAGUGUACCGAGUGGCAAAUGGAGGACAAGAAGGGUCUGGGUCUGGAUAACCGGACUCGAACAUUUUCCUACAUCAAGCCGCUCGGCGGAUCGAUUGGACCGAAGCAGACCAAGACCAUUACCUCUGAAACGCUGGAAAACCUCGACUACGAAAGGGCAAUCAACCUCACUUGCUCGACGCAGACUCCUGACGUGCCUAGUGGAAACGUCUUCUGUGUCAAGACCAAGUACUGUCUGUCGUGGGCUGAGAACAAUGCCACUCGAGUGCAGAUGAACUGUACGAUCGAGUGGUCCGGCAAGAGUUGGCUGAAGGGUCCUAUCGAGAAGGGUGCAACUGAUGGACAGACACAGUAUGCCAAAGACUUGUUUGCCGCUAUCAAGGCGGCGACCUCUACCAAGCCAGCAGGGACCACUACACCACUCACUCCAGCACUUAAGGGUUCAAGGAAGAAGGGUAGGAAGGCCAAGCUCUCCCAGACGUCGACCGGCAUCGUCGAACCAGGCCACGUGCCAAAGCGGCCGGCCCCGAAGAACUGGGGGCCUUUGGAGCCAGUGCGGGGGAUUUUGGAACCUAUUGGGGACAUUAUCCAGCCUCUUCUGACAGGCAAUGUCAUGUAUGGGCUUCUGGUGGGCUUGCUAGUUGCGACAUGGUUUGGAUUUGGAUUCACGCCGAGCAGAAGCCCGCCCUCUUAUGGUCCCGAUAUGGCGGUAUAUCGACCCGACAGGAUCGCAGCGUAUGAGGAGAUGUGGCGGAGAGAGGAUAGUGAACUUUGGGAAUGGUUGGAGGAACGAGUCGGAAUGGACCGACUGCACUCUGAUCGACCCAUCGUGCCCAAGAGGGCAAUGGAGCCGAGGACUGCAGAGGAGAACGUGCGUGCCGCCCGCAUGGAUGAGCGGGAGGUAGAGGAGGCGAUCCGUGUAACUGAAGAGAAGCUACGGGUACUAAAAGGAGUUAUGGAGAAGAAGGGCAAGGUGGGCAAGGCGAGCGGUACGGGAAUAUCCUCUCGGGGUCUAUAGAAUAUUGUUUUGCAUGUUACAGAUAUAGCAUAGCCAGAUUGGAGCAUCAGCGAGCUCCCACGUUCUUUUGUCGAUUAAAAAAAUUGAAUCAAGGC